AUGGCUUUAAAUGGUGAAGAGGAGGAGAAAGGAUACACUUGGGAAGCCGAUUAUGCUGAAGGUCUUAACAUUCGAGGAGUGCUGGAAGAGGACGAGAAGGGUUCCAUUGAAAAAAGUAUCCAAAAAGUCAUUGAAGAAGCGAGAAGAAAAGCCCACGACACGGAUCGACCAUCAAAAUGUCGACUAGGAAUUAUGCGUUACCUCUACAUCGUUGUCGAUUGUUCACGGUUUAUGCAAGAUAAAUCGCUGAUGCCGAGUCGAUUGGCGGCAACGAUAAAAAUUGUCACUCAGUUUCUUGACAAAUUCUUCGAGCUCAACCCAAUUGCCCAAGUUGGUCUCAUUGUUUGUAAAGAUCGAAAAGCGGAAAGAAUUGUUCCACUAACAGGAAAUGUGCGUCAAUUGGUUACUGCUCUCACGUCAAUCAACGAGUUGCAAUGCAUGGGCGAUUUCUCACUGCAAAAUGCUUUACGAUUGGCGCUAACUAAUUUAAAAGACCUUCCAAAACAUUUUUCUCGAGAAGUCUUGGUGAUAAUGUCUUCACUGACAUCUGUAGAUCCAGGGAAUAUUUUUUCAACCAUCGAGAAUGUACAAGCAUCGGCUGUCCGUUGUUCAGUCAUUGGUUUGGCAGCGGAACUUUUUGUUUGUUCUCAGUUGGCAAAGUUAACAAAAGGAAAAUACUCCGUAGUGCUUGAUUCGUCACAUUUCGAACUGGAAAUUAACUCACAUGCAACGCCUCCAUCAACUGGAAAAACUCUUCAGUGCAACGCGGUCGAAGUUGGUUUCCCAAAGCACGAAUCGGUGGAAAGGGAAAUCUCCUGUCUCUGCCACUCUUCCGGUCCAAUUUCGAAACGUGGCUACGAGUGUCCCCGUUGUGGAGGACGGUACUGCUCUAUUCCCGUCGAAUGCCGUGUUUGUCGACUGACUCUCGUCGCGGCUCCUCAACUCGCUCGAGCUUUUCGACAUCUUCUCCCAUUGCCGCCAUUCCGUCGAAUAGACGCCAAUACAGAAGCCUCCUGUUUUGCGUGUCACCGUAAAUUCGCUGCUUCUUCAUCAGCUUUCGAAUGCAAGCAAUGUGCCGAACGUUUUUGUAUCGAUUGUGACAUUUUCCUUCACGAAUCUUUAUACAUUUGUCCGGGCUGUAAAACAGAUUUA